GUUCAUGAAUUCAAAGCGGUAGCAGUUUGAAAUCAAAGUUUUUGUAAUAAUAAUAUAUAUUAUAAUAUAAUGAGCGCAGAAACAAAAAAUGAAUUUAGCGGACCCCGAGUUGGAACUUAUUGACCCGACGCCUAACGUUCACGCAUUGUUUUUACAAUUUGAUAAAAUCUUCUUCUGGGCAAAAUUGUACAGCAGAGCUGUUGUGCGCUGGAGUAAGAGAAUGUAUUCUUGUGCCGGAGUCUGCUCGUAUGACCGAGGAGGCCUAUGUGAUAUUGCUCUCAGUGAACCACUGCUCAAGCUAAGACCAAGGAAAGACUUAAUUGAGACCCUGCUGCAUGAAAUGAUACAUGCAUAUCUCUUUGUUACACACCAAGAUCAAGACCGGGAUGGCCAUGGUCCUAACUUCAAGUCUCACAUGCACAGGAUAAAUAAAUCUACUGGACUAAAUAUCAGCAUAUACCAUGACUUUCAUGAUGAGGUUGAACUUUACCAGACUCACUGGUGGAGGUGCAAUGGACCUUGUCAAAAUAAAAAGCCUAGAUUUGGAAUUGUCCGUCGAUCUAUGAAUAAAGCCCCAGGUCCAAAUGAUUACUGGUGGAAGAGCCACCAACGCCAGUGCGGGGGAAUUUUUAUUAAAAUCAAAGAACCUGAAAAAGGAAAGAAACAGCGCAAGAAAGAUGAAAAAGCAAAUGGUGAUAUAUCUAAAAUGAUAAGUAACCUGAACAACACCAAGAUUAAUGAAAUUUAUAAGCCUAUAUUGAAGGAUUCUAGUAAUAUUUUAUCUAAAUCUAAGAAUACAAAUGCACCAAAUUACCUUAGUGAUAGUGUUACUAAGAAAUCAAACAAGACUGAUACCACUGAUGUGCUGGAAAAAGUCCGUAAUGUUUGGGCAAAUAAAACAAUACCCUCAUUAUUAAAACCAAUUGAUACAAAUACAAGUAAAAGAAGCAGCAUCCACAUCACAACAGGCAAUUCAGAUCUUCAUUCUCAUCCACCCAAAAAAAUGAAGAAAAUAGACGAUUAUUUUAAAACAACAGCAACAAAUAUUUUGAAAGAUUUGUAUGGACAAGAUUUUAUUAUAAAAGAUGAAAAGAAUGGAGAUAAUAAAGUAGUAGCUGUACCAGUAUCAUGUGAUAAUAGUUUAGUUCAUUGUCCAGUUUGUAAUGUUAAAAUAAAAAAUGAUGACGUAAACAGUCAUUUAGAUGAAUGUCUGAACAAGGAAGAACUAGCUAAAUUGAAUAAUAACAAUGAAAUCAUUGAAAUAGGUAAUGAUCAUAAUAAUGUAAAAUUUAAAACUGAAAAUAGUUUCGUAGAUAGUGUAGAUAGAAUAAAAAAUCCGGUGCUUCUAAAACCAACAAUAAAAGAAUAUCCUAUGACUAAAAUUGAAAUUAAUACAGUCACUAUAGUUGCAGGCAAACAAUUGAAUAAAAUUAAAGUAGAAGAAGAUUGUAAAGUAGAAGAACAAACAAUUAAAAAAUCAUAUGAGACACAGGCUAGCAGACAUGAUAAAAUAAAAUUGGAACAAACAUGCCCCUGUUGUGGAAGUUCUGUUGAUAAAAAGAUCGAAGAGCAUCUAGAUGAAUGCUUAUCAUUUUUUGGUGAUGAUAACACAAUACCCGAAGAAGGCGCAUCCACAAGUUUCGCUGAUAGAACAAUUAUUAUUGAUGAUGAUAAUGACAUCUGUGAUGAAACUCUGACCAUGAAUGCUACGGGAACUAAGCACCCAUGCCCUUGUUGUAUGAAAAUGAUUGAAGCAGUUGAUAUGAAUAAUCAUUUAGAUGUAUGUUUAGCUGCAAUAUAAUAAUUUAAAUAACGGAGUAAUUUCAUACAUGUAUUAAUAUUAUUCCAUUGUGUUGAUUAGUGAUAUUAUUGUGAUAUAGUUUUAAUUUAUAAUGUUGAAGUUUAGCAGUGACUUUAAUUUUAUUAAUUAGUAAUUAAUUUAUUGAUAAU